AUGGCCCCUCCGCCCUACGGACUCACUGAGGAGCAGUACAAAGACUACAAGCAGGUCUUUUCCAUCUUUGAUCGCGAUGGCACCGGCGCCAUCAACGCGGAGGAGUUCCAGAUCGCCAUGAAGUCUCUUGGGCUGAACCCCAGCAUUCAGGAGGUCAACGAGCUCAUCGCCGAGGUCGAUCCCAAUAACGACGGCGGAAUUGACUUCGAAGAAUUCCUCCAACUCAUGAGCGAGGCACCCGCACCCUCAAGCAAAGACUCCGACACCAACACCGAGCUUGUCGCUGCCUUCAAGGUCUUUGACAAGGACAACAGCGGCUCCGUCUCGCCCUCGGAACUGCGCCAGGUGCUGCUGUCUCUCGGUCAGCGCGCCACCGACGAGGAGAUUGAGGAGAUGAUUAGAGGUGCCGAUCUCGACGGCAACGGCUCUAUUGAUUAUCAGGAAUUCGUCCAGCUCAUGGCCCCGAAAGACGGCAAGAAGUGA